AUGCCAAUUCUCUUGGCGAUCUGCAGCGCCUCUGUAUCCUGCAUCUACAACCUCGUCCUCUCCGUCUCGAAGCUGCUUGCGACUCUACAACACCCGACUCCUCACCGGCAGUCUCAUUUCCUCCGCGGCGUCGGCGUCGUGUACGCGAUGCCGGACAUGGACGACCCGAGCAGAACCCUUCGCAAGGGUAAAGAAGCCCUUCCGCCUGGUCAGCCGCCCAGGCAGGUCCAUUUCGAAACCAACGGCACCACGUCCUCGUCGUCUGGCGGAAAACAUUACCCUCCUCCUCCGCAGGUCACAUCUGCGCCAACCAGUCCUUGUCUUGGCAAAGCCCAUGCCCAGGCACCGGGCAAAUCCCAGGGACAGGCAGCACCACCACUUCCUCCUGUUGACAACCAGCCCACGAGCUUUCCGCAAGUCGGCGCACCUCCUGGACAGUUUGGACCUGGGCAAUGGUAUACCAGCGCCGAUCCCCGCGUGAGCCUGAACCAGCCACCGCAUUACCAGCAUCAGUACCAGCAGUUGCCUUCAAACGGAGGAUACUGGCCGCAGCCCGGCGUGCCUCUGUUUGCAAACGGCGCGCCAGCUGGCACGCACUUUUACCCAGCCGCCGUUGCUCCUCACUUUGCUGCAUUUAACAACAUCUGCCACCCGGUAUUUCACACCCCUGUUCAUCAUCAUCACCAUCAUCACUUUGUGCUUCCUUCUGCUCCUGCUUUCUCCUUCCCUCCUACUUCACACUUGCACCAUCGCUUGCCUGCCCCCCAUCAUCACAACAACUCUGCUCUGGUCACUGGCACUGCUGCUGCUGGUGCUGCUGCUGGUGCUGCUGGUCUGGCCGACACCAAAAAGGACAUGGCCUACUACCAAAACGCCGGACCGCCGCCGUCCGGCGUCAACUUUCAGCCUCCGGUGCCAGACACCACCUUUGGCCCCAUCCCUCACGUCUAUGUGCCUCGCUUUGACGGGGCCUGCGCGUCGGGUCCUCAAGUCGGUCCUCCCUUUUUGCAGUUUGUUCACACUCCAGCAGAUUAUUGCCCUCCCUCGUUCACCGUUCUUGUGCCAAAGACGUUCUACUCCGAUGGCUUCCAGUACUAUCAGCCUGCCUAUAACGCCAUGCCUGUUGGCCAGCCUGGGUUCGUCAUUGCCCAGCAGCCCGCCAUGAUGCCGCAGCACAUGAGCGCCGGCCAGCAGCCCGUCUACUUCGGCGGCCAAGCUCCGCCCGGCGUCAUGCACGCGGCGCCGCAGCAGGUCAUGGGCGGCGGCAUCCCCGUCAUUCGCAACAGGUUUACUAUUGACCACAUGGGUGACUGCCGUUGGUAUGUCACCGACGAAGGCUGGUUCUACGCCGUUCGUCUUCCGGACUAG